AUUGGAGGUUGGCUUGAGGUGUAUCUUGGCCUCAUUGGGAUCAAAUUUUGGUGAGGCCAUGACAGCAUGCAUUGCCAUUUGUUCUUGGUUUUGAAUGUUCAUUUUCUCCAGGAAUCCUGCUAUCUUUUAUCUCGCAUUUGGGCUCAGCAAUUAGAGGCUGAAGGAUAGAUGAUUCUGUGAGAGAAGAAAAUGCGAGCCAUUAGAUUAUAAUCCUAGUGGUUGAACAGAUGAAUUAAGACUAUUGUAAGGUGAAUACUGAAACAAGUAGUAAUGGAGCCUUUCACCAAGCUGGCAGAGAAUGAGACUGCUCAGUUACAGAGAGCAGUAUUUGCCCAGUACAUUAUGAUGAAAAAACUAUUCAUGGAGCUAGAAGAGGAAAGGGAAGCUUCAUCAAGUGCUGCAAGCGCGGCCUUGUCAAUGAUUAGAAAACUUCAGAAAGAAAAGGAGGCAGAGAGAAUGGAAGCAUGUCAGUAUAGAAGAAUGGCUGAAGAAAGGAUGAAUCAUAGUGACAAAGCUCUAGAGAUCGUGAAAGAAGUCAUGCAGCAGAAGGAACUGGAGAUCUAUUAUCUCAGGAACCAACUGCAGGUGUAUAAACAAAGGUUACUAGGUGUUGGUAUCGAUGAUUGUGAUAUUGCAGAUGAGACAAUAACAAAAAAUAUACCUUUGUUUGGAAGCAGAGAUGUAGAGAAUCUUUGUUAUACCAUCAAAAGGAAUUUCUCUCUUCCAACUUUUCAGUUGAGUAAACGCUUUGCUGAAAUGGGCAUGAACAAAAACAAUGGAUCGAUUGCGUCAACAAGGAGCAGGCUAAGUGUUUACAUGCACAAUUCUAGUGAAAAUGAACUGCAACAAGUUUCCAGCGAACUGAAAGCCAUAGGUUCCAAGGAAAGCUUACCAGCAGAUAUGGACAGUACUGAAAAGCAUGGAGAAGAACCAAAACCUUCAAGCAACAGUAGCAGUACUGAACACUCUUAUCCAUCGGAAGGGUCUUCUCCUUCUUCCUCGUUCUUAAUGGAGGGUCAUCAUACAGAUAUAUGCAGUCAAAGAGCAACACUGGUUGGGAAAGAUGUCCAAGACACGCUACAUCCUGAUCCACUCGAGUCAAUGCGUCCAGACAAUGAAAUGGAUAAAACUGCAGCUCAUCAUAUAGGUCAUGUUGACACAUUCAAACAUCCAGAACUAAGCAAGGCGCCAGCAGAAUACUCAUGUACUCCUAAUAAACAUGGCAUCAACACAAAGGAAUCUGAAAUGCCUCACGCGGUUACUCUGAAAGAUAAAGGGUCCCAUGUGCUUUCGAAGUUUUCAGCGACACGAAAAGUUGGCUCCAUGAAUAACGUUGACAGACAUGUCCGUGUAACUGCGGGGAGUUCUACGCCACGAGCUGGAAUUGAGAGAACAAGAUCAAGGCUGAAGCGUGUUCAAAGUGAAAAGAUGAUUGAGCUAAAUGAUCCUAAGAAGAACAAGGAGCAGAUCAUAAUGCUCAAGGAGGUAUACGAGCAGCUUAACAUGAUAGAAGCACACAUGAGACCUUCCAGUUCACAGGAGACCCCUAGAAAUGACCAGUCGUUGGAUUCCGUUAUGGAGGCGGCUCUGUCCUUCUCCAUAUAGUCCAGCAAUUCAAGUUCUGAUGUAGCUUGAAGGUAUAAGCCUAAAAGGUCAUUGUGUUUGCUUGCUUUUCAAGAUCGUCUUGGAACAAAGACAAUUUUUGGUAUUAGGUAUCUGAAUUUCUCCGUCACAUCAAACUGAGGUGUAAUCUGAAGAAGUUCAGCACAAACUCGAGUCAUAACAUUUGUAUAUACGCUACCUGAAAUGUGUGCAGUCGACACCUAGCAACUCAUUUUUGAAGAAAUGUGGGCACUGAGUCCUGCUGACCUGAUGCCCACCCUAACAUACCGGUGUAAUGUUUUGGACAUUUCAUCUUUUUAGGAUCCUUGGAUUGAAGCAGGCUGCAUCCCAAGCAACUAGCAGCCUCUGGUCGUGGGCUGGCGCAAGAGAAUUGUAGAACUUCUAUAUCUUAUAACUAGUAUUGAUGACUGUUUUUUUUUGG